AGCUCUGAGAUCCACCCUGGAAGGGGCUGUGUGCUCAGCAGCCAGGGGGAGGGCUUGUCUGGGCCUCUGCCAAGUCUUGGGAUCAGAGGUAUGGCGUGAACAUGAGUCAUCAGGUCGCUGCCUCUCUGGGUGCUGAACCCCAGGCCUGGGCUGGUGAGGAGUAGGAGCGGUGCCUCACUCACCCAGCCCGGCAAGAGGGGGACAGAAGGAGGGUACUGCCUGGGGUGCAGGGAAAGGCCAGUCUCUGGAGGUUUUUAAUUCAGUUUUAAAAUGGUUUCUCAAUUACAAAGAUACUAGAACAAAGGUGUUAGAGGAAGAGAGACGCCUGGGGCUCAGGUAGGAUCUGAAGGCCAGGGAGAUGCUUGAGGCCCAGACAAAGACCCUCUCCACCCACUUCAGCCUUCUCUCCACCUACGAACAGUCUCAGGCUCUCCUAAUCGCUUUGCAGUGGCGGUCCUGUCAGAGUGGCAUUCUGUAAAGGUGUGGCUUGUGUAUUGUCCGUUCCUGUGCACAGCACCCACUCCACCACCUGAGGGCCACACUGAGCCCACAGUGGGCAAGUCUCGACAAGCUCUAGGAUCCAACUUCCGUUCCCCCUCAGAAGUCCUAGGGCUUCCCAACCCCAGGGGAUGAGCGGAGCUGGAAGGGAACUAACAUUUAUUGAGCUCUUUCUGUGUGCAACACACUUAGCUCCUUUAAUCCUAAUGACAACUUCAUUUUAUACAUAAGGAACAGAUGCUCAGAGAAGUCAGUAGCUUUUCUGGUAGGAAGUGGUGAGUAAAUAGUAAGAUCUCCUUGCUGGUAGGUUCUGCUCUCUCGGCAGGAAGCAGAACCACUGGCCUUAGAUCCAGUUCCAUGACAGGGCCCUUCAGGGACUCAGCUUGCCCCUGCUGCCCCUCCACCUACAUCGUGCACCACAGAAUCCCCUGCCCCGUUCCUGGCUGACAGUCACAGGCUUGGGUGACUGGGCCCCCGGAGCUCCUCUGGCACAUAAAUAGCUGCAAAAGAAGGUGGGAGGUAGCUGUAAAUAGGCAUGCCGCUCUCCUGCUGAGGAAGGGUACCAAGCCUCCAACUGCAGCCCUCCCGGGCCCCACUGUCCUGGAAGCAGGAUGAAGUGAGCAAAGAGCCCUUCUGGCCAGCUGAGAGGCAUCUGCCUGGAAAGUGGUAGGAGACACAGCUCCCAGGUUCCUGAAGAUCUCUGGCCAUAGAAAAGGACUCUAAAGCCUAAGGACGAUAGGACAGAACCCAGGAGCCUUGGCCCUGUCCACCCCUUCAGCUCCUUUGGCCUCUUGAGUCAGACAGGUGAGACGGGAGGAGGGACUAGAUUCUGCUUCUCUGCCACCUGCUUAACUCUGCCUCCUCUUCUCCAGGGCUGCCCCAGUGGGGCGUGGCGAUGAGUGAGCAGGCCCAGCGGACGAGGAUGGACAGCCACACCCAGGAGGGCAAAAAGGGCCCAUUCUUACCCCGUGUAGCAUGACUGCCCUGGGAGGGUGGGUCCCCAGGCCCUGGCAGGCUGCUGACCCUCAGCCUGCAAACCGCUAAGAGCAGGACUCCAGACUUCUCCUGUGGAUGGUCCUCUUCCCUGCGGCUCCACAAUGAGGCUCCUCGUGGCCUCACUCUUGCUAGCCUGGGUGGCUGGUGCCACUGCCACUGUGCCCGUGGUCCCCUGGCGUGUGCCCUGUCCCCCUCGGUGUGCCUGCCAGAUCCGGCCCUGGUACACGCCUCGCUCAUCCUACCGUGAGGCCACCACCGUCGACUGCAAUGACCUGUUUCUGGCGGCCGUGCCCCCGGCGCUGCCUGCAGGCACACAGACCCUGCUACUGCAGAGCAACGGCAUCAUCCGCGUGGACCCGAGUGAGCUUGGCUACCUGGCCAACCUCACUGAGCUGGACCUGUCUCAGAACAGCUUUUCGGAUGCCCGUGACUGUGACCUCCGUGCCCUGCCCCAGCUGCUGAGCCUGCACCUAGAGGAGAACCAGCUGACCCGGCUGGAGGACCACAGCUUUGCAGGGCUGGCCAGCCUGCAGGAGCUCUAUCUCAACCACAACCAGCUAUACCGCAUUGCCCCCCGGGCCUUUGCCGGCCUUGGCAACCUGCUUCGGCUGCACCUCAACUCCAACCUGCUGAGGGCCGUGGACAGCCGCUGGUUCGAGAUGCUGCCCAACCUGGAGAUCCUCAUGAUUGGCGGGAACAAGGUGGAUGCCAUCUUGGACAUGAACUUCCGGCCCCUGGCCAGCCUGCGCAGCCUGGUACUAGCAGGCAUGAACCUUCGGGAGAUCUCUGACUAUGCCCUGGAGGGGCUGCAAAGCCUGGAGAGCCUCUCCUUCUAUGACAACCAGCUAGCCCAGGUGCCCAGGCGGGCACUGGAGCAGGUGCCCGGGCUCAAAUUCCUGGACCUGAACAAGAACCCGCUCCAGCGUGUGGGGCCAGGGGACUUCGCCAACAUGCUGCACCUCAAGGAGCUGGGGCUGAACAACAUGGAGGAGCUGGUUUCCAUCGACAAGUUUGCCCUGGUUAACCUCCCUGAGCUGACCAAGCUGGACGUCACCAACAAUCCCCGGCUGUCCUUCAUCCACCCCCGAGCCUUCCACCACCUGCCCCAGAUGGAAACCCUCAUGCUCAAUAACAACGCACUCAGUGCCUUGCACCGGCAGACAGUGGAAUCCCUGCCCAACCUGCAGGAGGUGGGUCUUCAUGGCAACCCCAUCCGCUGUGACUGUGUCAUCCGCUGGGCCAAUGCCACGGGCACCCGUGUCCGCUUCAUCGAGCCACAGUCCACCCUGUGUGCUGAGCCGCCAGACCUCCAGCGCCGUCCAGUCCGAGAGGUGCCCUUCCGGGAGAUGACGGACCAUUGCCUGCCCCUCAUCUCCCCCCGCAGCUUUCCCCCCAGCCUUCAUGUGGCCAGUGGAGAGAGUCUGGUGCUGCACUGCCGGGCGCUGGCUGAACCGGAACCUGAGAUCUACUGGGUCACCCCAGUCGGGGUUCGACUGAUAGCUGCCCAUGCAGACAGGAGAUACCGGGUGUACCCCGAGGGGACCCUGGAGCUGCAGAGGGUGACAGUGGAAGAGGCAGGGCUAUACACCUGUGUGGCCCAGAACCUGGUGGGGGCUGAUACUAAGACAGUCAGUGUGGUGGUUGGCCAGGCUCCCCUGCAGCCAGGCAGGGACAAGGAAUGGGGGCUAGAGCUCCGGGUGCAGGAGACCCACCCCUAUCACAUCCUGCUAUCUUGGGUCUCCCCACCCAACACCAUCUCCACCAACCUCACCUGGUCCAGCGCCUCUCCUCUCCGGGGCCAGGGAGCCACUGCUCUGGCCCGCCUGCCUCGGGGCACCCACAGCUAUAACAUCACCCGCCUCCUUCAGGCCACGGAAUACUGGGCCUGUCUGCAAGUGGCCUUUGCUGAUGCCCACACCCAGUUGGCCUGUGUAUGGGCCAGGACUAAAGAGGCCACUCCUUGCCACAGAGCCUUAGGGGACCGACCUGGGCUCAUUGCCAUCCUGGCUCUAGCCAUUCUCCUGCUGGCAGCCGGGCUGGCAGCCCACCUUGGCACCGGCCAGCCCAGGCAGGGGGUGGGUGGGCGGCCUCUUCUUCCAGCCUGGGCUUUCUGGGGUUGGGGUGCCCCUUCAGUCCGGGUGGUGUCUGCACCCCUUGUCCUGCCCUGGAAUCUGGGAAGGAAGCUAUCCAGGUCCUCAGGAGAGACACUGUCACCACCAUUGUCACAAAAUUCCUGGAGCUCAGCCUAUUCUCAGCAGUAGAAACAUGACUAGGACUACUUUUUACCAAAAGGGAAGCAAUUUGGGCCAGAUGCCCUGCCAGGAAUGUGACAUGGACCCACGUGCGUGACGCCUGGCAGUUGGACCAAGACAGAUGGGACUUUGUGGCCCCAGGGGUUGCUCCUGCAGCCUCCAAAAUGUGGUCCUUGCCUUCUGGGGUCUCCUCUGCUGCUGUUUUGAGGAGCAUCUUCAAGGGACAGAAGGACUCUGGUUAGAGUCUCUCAUCUCCCCAGUUGUCUACAUGCCCAGAGGCUCCUGGGCCUCUCCCGGGAUGUCCCCUGCCUAUGUCCCCAGGCCUUGGCUCACAGGAUGCGCUCCUCGUCUUUUCUUUCUCUGUACAGUCUCAGCUGUUUGCUCUUUCGCCUCCUGAGCGAGGGCUGAAGGAGGCUUCUCCUCCCAUCUUGGGGGACUGCUCCCAACGGGCUCUGAAGGACAUUUGGGGAGAGGCUGCCCUGUUGGCACUCUGAGGUUGACUUUCUAUAGGCAAUUUUGUACCUUUGUGGAGAAACGUAUCACCUCCCCCCAACCCAAUUCACUCUUUUCUCCUGUUUUGUAAAAAAUAAAGCUAAAUAAGAACAACCAUAAUAAAGGGGGAAAGGAAUAAAAAAAAAAAGUCCUUUGAGUACCGGUACUGAGUAAAUCUCAGAGCUCUCUGUUCUGGAGUCCCU